UUGUAAUAUCGAAAAGAUUAAAACUAGUCACACCUUCUUAGAAGGUCCGCUUUCUUUUGAAAAUAAAAGAAAGCAAAGUGACUUUCAUUAGGGUUCAUAGCCUGAAAAUAUGCUUAUGGUGGCAGAAGAAUCAAUCGCUGACAUCAGGUUUCAACAUGCGAACUGGCGAUGCAUGCAUUAAUCCGGAAGACGUUCAAUCAAUCAUUGCGCAUCGAAUCCAAGGAAAGGUAGUUUUAAUGCCUCAAGAGGACUGAUUUCAUUCAGUUUAAACCCCCGUAUUAAUCACGACGCAGACGGAAGAGUACCUGGUACGAUGGAAGUGGGAGGGUGAUCCAAGGCUCGCACCAUGUUCCUGGCAUCCGAUACACGAACUUUCAGGGUCCGACGGACUGGAUAACAGCUCUUGUCGCUCCUGUCUAGCGCACGUGCAGCUGUACCUCGAGAGCCUUCGAGCGGACGUCUUGGCUAGGGAUCAGCGAUCAAAGAGAAAGGCGCAAAACUGCCAACACACACAGCGCUUGUCGCCCUUUGAACACAGCCGCACGUUAGCAACCGGCGGGGAGCUAGACGGGUCGUCUGACGCAAGGGACAACCACGACACGUACAAUUGUGAGAUCUAUGUCGCGGACGGUGUUAUAAAAAUGGAACCAAUGACGAGGCUGAGGGUCGACACGUCCGACUUUCCGACGGCGUCGAUGCGGCAACGUUCCAUGGGCUCGAGAUAUAAUGUGGCCGCUAGCAAGAUACGAUCUCAGUUUACGCGCAGCCUGCAGUCUCUCCCAGGCAAGGCCAUCAGGCUUGUUAAUACGCGCGACGCCUCGACCCCUCCGCUGUCCUUCACAUUCAUUGACGGAUAUCUCUACCGCGAGGGCGUUGAGCCACCGGAUCCGAGCAUGAUGCAAGGAUGUGGUCUCGUACCUUCACGGUUCGGCCCGACAUGCAAGCCCAACAUGGGCGCUAAUUGCGGAUGCGAGUACACACGCUCGUGCGAAUGCCUCGAGUACGCCAGGAUCAAUGACGCCAGGUUGGACGUGCAUGAGAGACAGAUGCUGCGGGACUACGAGGAUGGCGCAAUGAUCUCGCUGAUGGGGCUGCCCAAGCGCUUUCCGUACUCGGCCAAGUCGGGUUUGCUCGUCUCGAGUUACCUGGGCCAUCGGUGGCCGAUCUACGAGUGCAACGACAAUUGCGCUUGUGGGCCUGGAUGCAAGAGCCGCGUUGUACAGAAGGGCAGGACGGUUGGCCUCGAGAUCUUCAAGACCAAACACAGAGGAUGGGGAUUGCGAGCCACCGAAAAUCUCAGACAAGGCCAAUUUAUUGACACGUACCGCGGCGAGGUGAUCACACGGGACGAAGCCGACCGACGGGCGGUGCGAGGUGGCAAGUCCAAGGAUUCGUACCUGUUCUCGCUCGACAAGUUCAUGCGCGAAGGCGACCACCGGUAUGAGAUUGACGGCGAGUUCUACGGAGGCCCCACGCGCUUCAUCAACCACUCGUGUGAGCCCAACUGCGUGGUGUACGUGGUCAGCAGGGACAAGAACAAUACGUUUCUGUACGAAAUCGCCUUCUUCGCUCUGAGGGAUAUUGCGGCGGGGGAGGAGCUGACGUUUGACUACCGAGACGACGACGGCACGACGGAUGAGGCUGGCAGCGCUAACGAGACAGGCGAGGGGUCUGAGAGCGGAGCCGAAGAAGACAGCAUACCGUGUUUGUGCGGUGCGAAAAAUUGCAGAAAGUGGCUGUGGAAGUGAGGAGUGACUUGUGAGUUUUCUUGACCCGAGGGCGACAGCCGGGCUGGGGCAUACAUGCAAAGUCAGGAACUCAAGGGCUGGCCAUCGAUCCGGAAGCUAGACAGCAAUCAUAUCUAAUGCACAGCUCGACAGUGCCAUGCCGGCGGUGAUGGGAAGCUGGAGACGCCGUCACGUGAGACGUGUCGCACGACUCCCUUAACUUUUUUAGUCAUCGUUGCGGACGAGAAGGCGACGAGGCUGAACUUAAAAGGUUAACGCACGUGUGCGUCCAGUUGCACCGUGGCGUCCAUCGCGAUUGCGGAUGGACUGGGCUUGGAAAAAACGGUGAUGAGCUGCGCUUCGUGUCGAUCUCCAGAGCAACGGGCAAAGGCUUAGGCUGUCUUAUGGAUGCACGAGCAAAGGCUCGGUCGACAGGGAGACGUGUGAUCGUCAACGAAGAAGACACGAGCAAGUACGAGUAACUUUUUGGCAAGGAGAACAAUGGGACGCGGCAUGGUACAGACCAUUUUACCUUACCAUCCUUUGC